AUGUCCUCACCUCAGAAAUUCCCCGGCUCACCAGGAACUACGGCGCCUCUACGCCGUGGUCUCUUCAAAGAUGGUCUUUGGUGUUGCAACUGCCCAGAACGUCCUGUCGCCGUUCGCCGUGAAACUAAGAAACAGGGACCAAAUUUCGGGAAAUGGUUUUGGACUUGUGCGCAACCGUCACAUUUAAAAUGCAGCUUCUUCCUGUGGGCAGAUGACGCUACAAUGCGUGAGCAAGCAGCCGUUCUAGCCAACUCUCGAUCUGAGCUCGACCCUAUCUCGCUUACGCCAUCAAGACGGACUCCAGGACGUAUGAACAACGGACUACUCACUCCAAAAACUGAGCGCAGAUUCAUCGAUACCCCACAGCGCAACUUCAAGUCGCCCCCAAAGACAGCCAAGGCCAGAAUGAUUUCAGAAGCGUCGGAUGAUUUUGGUUGGAACAACGACUCGGAUGAAAAUGAUGAGCUUUUCAAGGCACUCUCUUCUAGCCAGACCGAGGGCUUCAUCUCACAACCCAACUUCUAUCCCGAAUCCCCGUUCAAGACCCCCCGCACCGCCGCGGUUACCUCACCCGGCAAGCGCAAAUUGGCGGAAGUCACCAAUUUUAAUUCCAUCUAUGAUCAGUCUGCACCAGCGACGCCAUUCUCCUCCCGCUCCUCCCGCACCGAUAUGUUUCCUCCCUCGUCCGCGGAACUAUGUAUGACACCUACACCUAGCAAAUACAACGACGUCCUCUCUGCAGAUUCUAAGUUUGACACCUCAGAUCUUGCGAAGAGUCUGCUUGCUAUUCUGGAAAAGCACAGUGUUGUUUUACCAAACAAAGCGCAUGAUGAGGUGGUCUCGCUGCUUGACCGGCAGGACUUGAAGACGCAAGGAAUCAUUCGUGGGCGAGAUUUGACGCGGCUGGCAUUAAAGAAGAAAGAUGGCGAAAUUAACAAGCUGCAACACCGCGUUUCCAAUCUGGAAGCCCAAAGGGAACUGGACCGUUCUCUUAUUGAGGGGAUGAAACCCUAUUGA